AUGUCCAUGAAGAACCAGACGUGGGUCAGUGAGAUUGUCCUCUUGGGGUUUCAGAAUCUCCACAACUUCAAGGUUCCCCUGUUCUCUCUGUUCCUUCUGAUUUACAUUCUGACAGUUUGGGAGAACGUCCUCAUCAUAGUGUUGGUGGCCUUCAGCCGGAACCUCCACUCCCCCAUGUACUUCUUUCUCCAGCAGCUGUCCGUAUGUGACUUUAUGGAAUCCACAAAUAUUGUACCUACCCUGCUCCAAACUAUAAUUUAUGAUAAAAUCAUGUUGCCCUUUGUCAGCUGUAUGAUACAAUUUGCUUUUUUUUCUGCUACAGAAGCCUUUGAGUGUUUGCUCCUAGCAGUAAUGGCCUAUGACAGAUAUGUGGCCAUCUGCAUCCCCCUGAGAUACACUUCUAUAAUGUCCCACGUGGUAUGUAUAAAAAUUAUCCUUAUGUCUUGGAUAUUUAGUCUUUGCUCUACAUUGGCAACAGCAAAUCUGAUAGGGACCCUGAAGUUCUGUGAACAGAAAAAGAUCAAUCAUUUUUUCUGUGAUCUGGAUCCUCUUCUAAAAAUUUCUUGCUCAGAUACUUUCUUUGUGAAAAUAGAAGCUACUUUAAUGUCUAUCCCCGUGGUUGUCUGCCCAUUUAUACUCAUCAGUGUAUCAUAUAUGUGUAUUGCCCAUGCAAUCCUAAAGAUAGUGUCCCAUACCGGGAGGCAAAAAGCCUUCUCCACCUGCAGCUCCCACUUGGCCGUGGUCUCCAUGUUUUAUGGGACUAUAAUUGCUAUUUAUAUUGUUCCCCCCAGGAAAGAAUCACAGACCAUAAGUAAAGUUCUCUCUCUGUUCUACACGGUGGUGAUACCUUUGGUUAAUCCGGUUAUUUACAGCUUGAGGAGCAAAGACAUCAAAGAAGCUUUUACAAAAAUAUUAAUUUUUAAUUAA